UCCCCCUCCUCCCCAGCCCUCCCUUCCCACGCCCCACUGCGCUGUGGGAUAGUGGCACUAUAAAGUAUAUCCUCUCUCGGCGAAAGAUAAGAAGCCCGAGACAGGAGGGGGAUGAAGAUGGCGGACGCCAAGCAGAAGCGGAAUGAACAGUUAAAGCGAUGGCUUGGCUCGGAAACGGACCAGGAGCCUCCUGUUUUGAAAAAGAAAAAGACGAAGGUGAAGUUCGAUGAUGGCGCCGUGUUUCUGGCCGCCUGUUCGAGCGGCGAUACCGAGGAGGUGCUCCGAAUGCUUGACCGGGGCGCUGACAUCAACUACGCCAAUGUAGACGGUCUCACCGCCCUCCACCAGGCAUGCAUAGAUGACAAUGUCGACAUGGUGACUUUCCUGGUGGAGCAUGGAGCCUGCAUCAACCAGCCUGAUAACGAGGGCUGGAUCCCCCUCCACGCCGCAGCUUCCUGUGGAUACCUAGACAUAGCAGAGUAUCUCAUCAGCCAGGGUGCCAGUGUAGGAGUUGUAAACAGUGAGGGCGAGACGCCUUUGGACAUUGCAGAAGAAGAGGCAAUGGAGGAGCUCCUGCAGAAUGAGAUCAACCGGCAAGGGGUUGAUAUCGAGGCAGCCCGGAAAGAGGAGGAGCGCAUCAUGCUGAGGGAUGCCCGGCAGUGGCUCAACAGCGGCCAGAUCCAAGACGUGCGGCAUACAAAAUCUGGAGGAACGGCGCUUCAUGUAGCCGCCGCAAAGGGAUACGUCGAGGUUUUAAAGCUUUUAAUCCAAGCAGGGUAUGAUGUAAAUAUUAAGGACUAUGAUGGCUGGACUCCUCUACAUGCAGCAGCACACUGGGGCAAAGAAGAGGCCUGUAGGAUACUGGUUGAGAAUCUAUGUGACAUGGACAUCAUGAAUAAAAUGGGUCAGACUGCUUUUGAUGUAGCAGAUGAAGACGUUCUGGGAUACUUAGAAGAACUACAGAAGAAACAAAAUCUGCUGAGGAGUGAGAAGAAAGAUGUUAAGAAAUCUCCUCUGAUUGAAACAACCACCACUGGGGACAACAAUCAAUCACUGAAGCCUAUCAAGAGCAAAGAAACGCUGCUUCUGGAGCCCGAGAAGAGCGCUCCUCGCAUCGAGACCUUAGAGCCAGAGAAAGUGGAUGAAGAAGAGGAGGGUAAGAAGGAUGAAUCAAGCUGCUCUAGUGAAGAAGAGGAGGAAGAAGAUUCAGAAUCAGAGACUGAAGCAGCAGAAAAGAGCAAGCCCUCAGCAGCAGUGAGCAACAGCACAACGCCAACCAGCGUCACGGUGUCUUCUCCAACUAGCCCAACUAACCAGGUGACGACCCCCACUUCACCAGUUAAAAAGGUCACUCAGCCUGCUGGAAAGGUCUCAACUAAAGUGGAGGAGGAGAGGAAGGAUGAGUCUCCAGCGUCCUGGCGUUUGGGUUUGAGGAAGACGGGCAGCUAUGGAGCGCUAGCCGAGAUCACUGCCACCAAGGAGGCGCAGAGGGAGAAGGAUACCACUGGGGUGAUGCGUUCAGCCUCGAGCCCUCGCCUCUCCACAUCUCUGGACAACAAAGACAAGGAGAAGGAAAAGGAUAAAGGAACCCGGCUUGCCUAUGUGGCUCCAACCAUUCCCAGGAGACUGGCCAGUACUUCGGACAUUGACGAGAAGGAAAACAGGGACUCUACUGCUCUGAUACGUAGCGGCUCCUACACCCGGCGACGCUGGGAUGACGACCUGAAGAACAGUGAAGGAAGUGCCCCCACCAUCCGAACCCCCAGCUACCAGCGCAGCACUUCCCAUACGCUAGCGCUAGGGCGGAGCGGCAGCACGCGGGACGUGCCAGCCAAGUCUUCGUCAACCUCCAACUUGGACCCUAACACCUGUAAUACUAAACCCUGGCAGCCACCCACCUCCCACUACCCGUCUUACAGCAUUUACCGCAGCGGCUCAUUUGGCAGACGGCACGAGGACUUGGGCUCCUCGACCACUUCCUCCUCCACGACCACCUCCACCUCCUCAUCUGUUACCUCGCCCACGGGCCAUCGUGGCCUGUACUCAAGCCUGGGCUCCUCUUCCACUCGCACUGGCUCCACCAGUCUCACCAGCAGGUACUGGUCAGAGGAGAGUGCAGAGAGGGAGAAGGAGAAGGAGUCGGCUGCUGUCGUCCCCACUAUAAACACUGGCUCUACUACGACCACCACGUCUACCACUACCACCACUACCACUGGCACUGGCACCGAAAGACGCAGGUCAUACUUGACUCCAAAGCGAGAUGAGGAGUCGGAGUCUCAGAGGAAAGCUCGCUCCAGACAGGCUCGACAGUCAAGGAGGUCCACCCAGGGUGUGACUCUGACUGAUUUACAAGAGGCUGAGAAAACAAUCGGCAGGAGUCGUACCACAAAGACUCGGGAGGAGGAGAAAGAGGAGAAGGAGAAGCAGGACAAGGAAAAGCAAGAGGAGAAGAAGGAGACUGAGACAAAGGACGAUGAUUACCGAUAUAAGUACCGCAGCUAUGAUGAGCGGUCAAGGCCUUCAUCUUCUUCCACCUCCACCAUUUCCUCAGUCAGCACUGCCUCUACCCCUUCCUACUCUAGCACCAUGUCCUCCAGUUCUAGCUCCCUCAACAGGCCUAACAGUCUGACGGGGAUAACCUCCUCCUAUAGCCGUUCCUCCAGAGAUACAGAAAAGGAAGUGGACAAGAAGGAGGAGGAAAAGGAGGGAGAGGACAAGUCUCAGCCCCGCUCCAUACGGGAUCGCAGGCGGCCCCGCGAAAAGAGACGCUCCACUGGGGUCUCCUUCUGGAGUCAGGAUGGUGAUGAAAAUGACCCCGAUCAACAGUCGGACUCAGAGGAGGGCAACGCCAAGGGAGAGCCACAGAGUGACCGAUUGUUCAGGAAUGAGAGCGCUUCAUCCUUAGAUCGUAAUGACACUCUUUUUACCCGUAGCUACGGUGAGAGUCGAAGGCCGUAUUCUAGCCGACUGGAUAAAGAUGACACCACUGACUACAAGAAGCUCUACGAGCAAACAUUAGCUGAGAACGAGAAGUUGAAGGCUCAGUUACGUGACACAGACCUGGAGCUGGCAGACUUGAAGUUACAACUAGAGAAGGCCACACAGAGGCAGGAACGCUACGCUGACAGAUCACAGCUUGAGAUGGAGAAAAGGGUAACAAGCAGGCCCCAAUAUCAUCUGGGUGGUGGAAAGAAGAGCUCUAGAAAGGAAGAUUUCUGAGAUGGAGGAGGAACUUAAGAACCUCCCCCAGAUGCUCCCAGACUUGAAAGCAGACAACCAGAGACUAAAGGACGAGAACGGAGCGCUCAUUCGAGUCAUUAGCAAGCUUUCCAAGUAGAACAGACCCCACCCGCCCCAUCUUCUGCUCCCCCCCCUAGUCCCCCAUGGCAGUGACUAAUGGAAUUGCACAUUUAGAUAUUAAUUGCAACAGACAUCAGAGACAAGACUCCCGUUUUCUUUCUUUCUUUUUUUUUUUCUUCUCCCAUUGUUUUUCUCCCGACUCUUAAUCGCCCUUUUGCUCCUUCACCACUGCAGCAUCCACCCAUCAUGUUCAUCAAUCCCUCCCCUCCCCAUGCACCUCCUCGAAUUGAACCCACCAGAUUGUAUGGCUGCUGUCUUGAUAGAACCACUGAGUUUACAGAGCAAAAGGAAGAAGGGUGCGUGUGUGUUUUGUGUGUGAGAGAUCAGCAUGUAAAAGCAUUGUGGGCGGGGAAGCCUGAAAACUAUUUAACCAGUAAGCCUUAGUUGUACAUAAAGAGAAAAAGAAACACACUUGCAUCGGUCUCUUCUGUCUCGCUCCUCCUCCUCCCACUCCCACUCUGGGCUAUCUCUGAAGAACAGAUAUUAUCCACCACCUGAUUUUAUUUGUGCCACAAUCUCUUAUUUGAUGUAACAUUUCUUCCUGUGUACGUGUUGUGUGCUGUGCAGUCCUUCCACUUCCCCUCGAAACCCUCAAAGUGCCACUUCUGCCUAUUAUCAGCUCCUUGUGGCCCCAUCAUUUUUUCUUUUUCUUUAUUUACCACCCCCCCCUCUCCCAUUUCCACACACAGAUCACUAAUGCACACACACUUCCCCCCCCCCCCCCAAAAUUUAAUUUUUUUUUUUUUUUUUGGUACCUCUGCGUGUCUUCCUCCAAGAGGGAAAAUUUUGAAUUCUCGCUUUAGCGACAUGAGGCGGACCUGGUGGAAUUUAAGCUUUCACUGUAUGUGCAAUAUGCAUUUUUUUUCUUUUUCUUUUUUUUUUUUUUAAAUGCUUUAAUGAUGACGAGUCCAUCACAAGUAGGAUUUUUCACUCUUCCACCACUCCCAUCGCUCACCUACUCCCUCCCCCCCCCCCCCCCGUUUUUUUUUUUUUUAAGUUUGUAGUGUAGUCAGUUUAUACUCUGUAUUUCUCACUUUGUUUUAGCAGGUACUGAGUGAUGCUGUAUAUACCUGUAUGUAUUUGUUUGAGACCAGCACAUGGCAUGCAUUUAUGGUUCCCGUCUGUUACUAUUAAAAAUUCCAGAGGACAAAAAGGUGUGUUUUAAUUAUUAUUAUAUUUUUUUUCCUUUAUAGACUAAAGACAUUGGAUACAAUACAGUAGAGCCUCUCUUAUUCACGGGACGGCUGGCAGUGUUCAGUGCUUUUGUUUUCCGGUUUUAAAAUAAGUGUUCGCACAAUUGUAAAAGUUGAAAAAAAAGAAAAAUAAUUGCUUCACUACAUUUCACUUUCUUUGUAUUCAGUAUCUUGGAAGAGUGCUGUUAAUUUUGUUUCCAUUUUUUUUUAAGCUCUAGUAUUAUAGCCAAGGUGUUGUCACUUAAAAAAGGAAAAAAAAAAAGUAUCUUAGGUAUUGCUAACCCAGUCCUUUCUACAAUGUCUACAUGCACUGUCAAUGCCAUGUGAGGAGUCUUGAUGUCAGGUUGAAGCAAAAUCGCCACCAUCAAAUAUUCCAUUCAUCUGAGAACAUUUUAUGCAUUUCAGUGGCCUUUUAAGGAUAUUUUAGUCAAAGAAUUUAAGACAAAGUCACUGCAGAUGGACUGACCAUCAACUGUUUUUUUUUGUUGUUUUUUUUUUUUUUUUUUUUUUUUGGUUUUGUUUUUUGUUUUGGGGUUUUUUGUUUUUUUUUUUUUCUCCCAUCUUGUAAAAUAGGUGUGUGGCUUAAUACAUGCAAGUUGUGCUGUGACUACCAACCACUGAAGAGUUCAUUAAAAAUAAACUUGUACAUUGUAAAGUU